CCAGAGUAGCCUUCAGAGAAAGGCUGGGCUGCUAGUUGCUGGUUAAAAGACAAAGUUCCAGAACACGGAAGAGUGAGCAGGUGAAAUUCAGCACUGGGAUCAGGGGAGUGUUUGAUUUGCUAAAGGAAAAUGCAAAGACAGCUCCUCCCCUCCGAGGAAACGAAACCUACAGAAGAGAUAAAAGCUAAUAGGUCCCGGAGGCAGUUCUGUUGCCACGGGCUCUCCUAUCAAUGAUGGAGCUCAGCAAUACCCCAGCCAGAGAUCUGGACAAGUUCGUCGAAGACAAUCUCUUGCCAGACACGCAUUUUCGCAUUCAAAUCAACAAAGCCAUUGACAUCAUCUGUGGAUUCCUGAAGGAAAGGUGCUUCCGAGGUAGCUCCGACCCUGUGCGGGUGUCCAAGGUGGUAAAGGGUGGCUCCUCAGGCAAAGGCACCGCCCUCAGAGGCAGAUCUGACGCUGACCUGGUUGUCUUCCUCAGUCCUCUCACGACUUUUCAGGAUCAGUUAAAGUACCGGGGAGACUUCAUCCGGGAAAUUAGGAGACAGCUGAAAGCCUGUCAAAGAGAGAGAGUAUUCUCCGUGAAGUUUGAGGUCCAGACUUCGCACUGGGACAGCCCCCGUGCGCUGAGCUUCGUGCUGAGUUCGCCCUGUCUCAGGGAGGGAGUGGAGUUUGACGUGCUGCCUGCCUUUGAUGCCCUGGCUCAUCGAGGAGUGCAUCUACCUGCAGAAAGAGGGCGAGUUCUCCACCUGCUUCACAGAACUACAGAGAAACUUCCUGAAGCAGCGCCCCCCCAAGCUCAAGAGCCUCAUUCGCCUAGUCAAGCACUGGUACCAAAAUGUAUGGCCCUCCUGCCAGGCAUGUGUAAGGAAGAGCUUGGGAAGCCACUGCCACCUCAGUAUGCCCUGGAGCUCCUGACGGUCUAUGCUUGGGAGCAAGGGAGCAUGGAAACAGAUUUCAACACAGCCCAGGGAUUUCGGACAGUCUUGGAAUUGGUCAUAAACUACCAGCAACUCUGCAUCUACUGGACAGUGUAUUAUGACUUUAAAAACCCCAGUAUUAGAGAGUACCUGAGCAGGCAGCUCAGCAAACCCAGGCCUGUGAUUCUGGACCCAGCUGACCCUACAGGAAACUUAGGUGGAGACCCAGAGGGUUGGCGGAAGCUGGCACGAGAGGCUGAGAUCUGGCUGAAUUACCCAUGCUUUGAGAAUUGGGAUGGGUCCCCAGUGAGCUCCUGGACUCUGUCGAUGAGACAAAGUCUCAGGGAAGUGAGGUCACAUGCUCAAGGACAUCAGCUAAAGAGGGGUGGAAGUAGGAUGCAAACUCAGUGGACUCUAAAGCCAGCGCUCAUGUCACUGUGCUGAACAACUUACCGUGUCUCAUCCACGCCUCUCAUCUGGCCAAUGGGAGACUCUGGGCAGGACUUGGCUGUCACAUGGCUAAGCAGGGGCAAAGGACUCACUCCCGGAUCCUUCCAACCGCAAACAGGAAUCUGAUUCCAAAGGAUUGAUGAUGGUGUAGGUGGCUCCCUAGGAAGCAGACUCUGGAUGGAAUUUAGUGUGCAGGAUGUUCUGGGGAAGCGCCACUGGAACCAGCAUUCACGGAAAGGAGGAGAAGAAAGGAGAGGAAGCAGGAGAGAGUAUAGGGAGAAGUGAAUGGGAAUGCAGAGCAGAUGUGAGCUUCAGCCAACUCCAAGGACAGACCUGGAGCUGGAAUGGCCUUUAGAGGUGCCCCACAGUGACAGAGCUGCCCAGGCCUCUAUACCCCUACAUGGAUCACCCACUAUGCUUGGGCACCUUGAGAAAGGGCAUAGCCUUGAGCAAAAGACUUUCUGCAGCUGAGGCAACCUCUAAGUGGGCUGACAGCUGAAGUCUGUCUGCUGACCACUGUCCCAGCAGCUGGUGUUUGUUAGUCCUUCCUCAAAGGGGGAUCCAGCUGGCUUGUCAUACUGUCCACCAUAAAAGCUCAGUGAGCUCCAGCUGCAAGGUAGGAAGACUCCCUUAUGUGAUCCUGUGUCUCAC